UUUGUCUCUCUCGAGAGAGUCCCACACAGCUAGUAGAGGUAUAUAGGCCCAAAACCACCGACGUGUGUAGUAGAUUUGAGACUCUUUGUGUGUGCCAGAUUCACUCGCUCUUCUCUCCCUCUUCUCUUCUCCGCCGCCUCAAGUCCUCCUCGGUCUCCGUCUAUACUCUUAGAGAUCCUCAGCUGUAUCUUUAGGCAUAGAUAAGUCGGUGAAGUAGUAGCUGAUGAUGAUGAUGACUUCACUCGGUGGUGGUGGUGUUGGACCGGUUGGUGGAGGAGGGAGAUAUAUGCCGUAUCCACCGCCUCUCUCCGUGCCUCCGUCGGCUCCUCAGUCACCUAACUUCUCCGGUGGUCUCCGAUCACAGCCUUCUUUCCUCGUUGAGCAGGAGAAGUAUCUUUCUGAAUUACUAGCAGAGCGUCACAAGCUUACUCCCUUCUUGCCUGUGCUUCCACAUGUCUGCCGUCUGAUGAACCAAGAAAUAAUGCGUGUAACCACGCUGUUGGAGAAUGCCAUAAGUCAGAGUAGGUUUGACCACCCUAGCCCUCUGUCUUCUGGAGGGAUAUUCCAGAACUCAAGAGCUGACAUGAACGGAUGGCCCUCACAGUUUCCAUCAGAAAGAUCUGUUUUAUCCUCCCCAGCACCAAAUUGGCUAAACUCUCCUGGUAGCUCCUCUGGUCUCAUUGUCAAGCGAACUAUCAGAGUGGAUAUUCCAGUCGACCAAUACCCAAACUACAAUUUUGUCGGUCGCCUCUUGGGUCCUAGAGGAAACUCCCUCAAAAGAGUUGAAGCUAGUACUGAUUGCCGUGUUCUUAUAAGGGGGAGAGGCAGCAUCAAAGAUCCGGUUAAGGAGGAAAUGAUGAGGGGGAAGCCUGGUUAUGAGCACCUGAAUGAACAACUCCACAUCUUAAUCGAGGCUGAGUUACCCAUUGAGUUAGUGGAUGCACGUCUCAUGCAAGCUCGUGAAAUACUAGACGAUCUACUCACUCCUGUGGAGGAAACGCAUGACUUCUACAAGAAACAACAGCUCAGGGAACUAGCUCUUCUCAACGGUAGUCUUCGAGAAGAAGGAUCUCCAAUGUCUGGUUCCGUCUCUCCUUACGAUAGCCUCGGCAUGAAGAGAGCCAAGACAAGGGACUAGUGAAGCUACGUCGUUUUCAUCCUUUUCAAAGCUUGCCUCUAUUCACCUUUUUCAAGAAGGUAAUAUAUGCACACCGUAACCGCUUCCUUCUUUUGAACGAGAAGAGGCUUUUGAAGGUUCUGUCUCCAUCCCUUCCUACUUCUCCAUACUCCUCUGGCUACCGGUACUGUCUCUUAUCCAUGGAAUAAUAUAAAAAAACACCAGUCCUGAGUCUGUGUCUCUACUUUGUAUCUCAGUGAGAGUAUAGACGACAGAAAGGGAUCAGUCUCUGUUUGUGUUUGUGUCUCUGUCUUUGUAUGUUAAUGUUGGCUUGCUUUUGUUUGCCCUUUCUCUUUAUAUGGUUUAGUGGAGACUACUAAUAAGCUUUGUUGCUUAAAAGCAAGUUUUUUUUGGGUAAAAA